AUGGAGGAUAAUAGUGAUGUGAAGGAGUUUCCUCAAGUGACCUCUGCUGUCACCAAGGAUGUCGGCGAUGUCGAGAACGCUGGUGCUCGCAAUACCCACACUAAGAGAGGUCUAUCCUCUCGACAAAUCCAGUUCCUGGCUCUCGGCGGUGCUAUCGGUACUGGUCUGUUCAUCGGAAGCGGAGCCACACUCUCCGCAGUCGGCCCUGCUCCUCUGCUCAUGGGCUACAUCGUCAUGUCCUUUGUCGUCUACGGAGUCAUGAACGUCCUUGCGGAAAUGACCACCUAUCUCCCUCUUGAGGGUCUCUCCGUCCCUUACUUUGUCAACCGUUUCGUGGACCCCUCUCUGGCUUUCGCUAUGGGAUGGAACUACUGGUACACCUUCGCGAUGCUCCUCGCCGCCGAAGUCACCGCUGCCGCAAUCAUCAUCCAAUACUGGACCGAGAGCGUACCUGUCGCCGUCUGGAUUGCCAUCAUCCUACUCGUCAUUCUUGCACUGAACAUCAUCGCUGUUUCCUUCUUUGGAGAAGCAGAGUUCAUCUUCUGUUCGAUUAAGAUUCUUGCUAUUCUUGGGCUUAUCGUUCUUGGUAUUGUGCUGUUCUUUGGUGGUGGACCAAACCAUGAUCGUCUUGGGUUUAGAUACUGGAAAGAGGGGAAUCCUGGAGCUUUCCACCCAUUCAUCGCUAAAGGCAACACUGGAAAGUUUUUGGCGUUCUGGUACGCCUUCAUCAAAUCGGGUUUUGCUUUCAUCAUGUCACCCGAGUUGGUCGUCACCGCUGCUGGAGAAGCAGAAGCUCCUCGUCGCAACAUUCCCAAGGCAGCGAAUCGCUUCAUCUACCGACUGUUCGCAUUCUAUGUGCUGGGAACGCUCGUCAUCGGAGUCACUGUGGCCUACAACGAUAAGAGUCUUCUCAACGCCAUCAACAACGGAGAACAUGCCGCCGGCGCAUCGCCCUUCGUCAUUGCUAUCCAGAACGCUGGUAUCAAGGGCUUGAACCAUGUCAUUAACGCCGCCAUUCUGACUUCUGCUUGGUCUUCUGGAAACGCAUGGCUAUUCUCUGGUUCCAGAAUGCUAUACUCCCUUGCUCUCACCAAUCAAGCGCCGAAAAUAUUCCUUCGCUGUAACAAGAAUGGUGUGCCUUGGGUUGCAGUCCUCUUCACCUUCGCCAUCGGCUGCCUGGCUUUCUUGAACGUCAGCAGCAAUGGAGCUACAGUCUUCAACUGGUUCACCAACAUCACCACCAUCUCCGGCUUCAUCGCCUGGAUCGUCGUCCUCAUCACCUACAUCCGCUUCCGCAAAGCAAUGAUUUUUCACAAUAUGCUUGAUGCCCUACCCUUCCGCACACCUCUUCAACCAUACUCUUGCUGGUUCUCACUCGUCGUGAUGGUGUUGGUUACCUUGACAAAUGGCUUCUAUGUCUUUGUUCCUUCGAGAUGGAAUGUUUCAGACUUUUUGGUUUGCUACAUCACCAUUCCUAUCUUUUUGGUAUUGUGGUUUGGACAUAAGGUGUGGAGUAGGAAUUGGAGGUGGUGUAUUCCGAUCAGAGAGGUGGAUGUGUGGACAGGUAAGGAUGUUGCUGAUGCGGAGGAAUUGGAGUAUGAGGUCCGUGAACCGAGGAAUCUGGCUGAAAAGAUUUGGUUCUGGAUUGUUUGA